AAGAAUAAAAGAUAGCGAAGCUUCUAAAUUUCUCUUACAAGGAAAAUAAAUUGAAGUAAUUUAAAACGAGAAAUAGGAAAAGAAGCAAUAGUCUUUUCAGCAUCAAAGAGAGAAAACAUACCCAUAAUAAGCUACAUUUCUUGAUGGAUGCUGAUCAUGAUCAUGAUGGCUCCACUAUCUCCAUAACCUAAUCCCUUGUAGCAUUAUGUAUAUAUAGCCCCAUUGAGAUCUUAUUGCAAUAUCACAAACCUUACACAAGUAUCCCCCUCUUCAUUCCAAGUUCUCUUACAUAACAGAAUCACAAAGAUAAUCUGUUUCAAAGUGAGUAGAGUAUAAACUUUGAAAAUUAAUAAUGGAAGGUAAAGGACGAGUUGUAUCAUCAACUUCUUCUUCUUUAACAACCGAACUAUUCGGCUCCAAAGAUCCUGUGCCGCCAUCUUCUUCCUCUGGAAUCUUCUCCUCCAUUUUCCCUCAUCCCUCCAAGGGCGUUACAAGAGAUGGUCAAAGCUCCAAACAUGGCUCACAAGCUCAACGUAGAGAAAUUUCAAAUGCACAAGACAGAGUUGAGCCAUGCAAUCUAAGCUCUUCUCUUUACUACGGUGGCCAAGACGUAUACCCUCGAUCCACCACCAACCAAACUUACCCUACAGUUAAAAACGAGGGUCCAAGAAGCCAAGAAAACGAUGCUAAUGGACAUAACUCGCAAGAUGUUUCAAGAGGAAACUGGUGGCAAGGUUCUCUUUAUUACUAAAGAACCAGUUUCUUUGUAAAUCUCUCAUAAGCUCAAGUCAUAUACUAAUUAUCAACCAAUCAAGACUUUUGUAUAAAUAAGCUUAUGCAGGACAAGGGAUAAUAUAUUCGGCGAUAAUAUUGAAAGGGAUCUCCUAGUAAAAGUGUGUUGAUAAUGAACUGUAUCAGUAUUUACUCUGCUUCUCUCUUUCUCAUGUUCAACAAAAAAUAUGAAAUAUGUAGCAUUUUUUUUGGUAAUCAAAUAUGUAGAAUUUUACCA